UCAUUCAUUGCACAGCUUACUUCGUACACAGCUACGCUCCUACCAAAUUGUGGCGGUUUAUACCAUGCCCUUUUGAAAUACUAGAAUUCUCCCUCCGUCGUUCUGCUCUAAACCCUAAAUUCGGUUCAGACAACGGCGUUUUCCGGGCAAUGUUUGGCGGAGGUGACCAGCGGCGAAUGUCCGUGGACGGCGAAUCGCCGAAGCCGUUGCCAAUCAACUAUGCAAGGCCAUUGGUCAUUGCUGACCCCUCAGCAGGACAAAGCUCUCCUUUUUCAAGGGAGAACGUGGACCCUGAAUCAAUUGCAAUCCACUCUAAGAAACUUGAGGAUGGUUUGAAGGAACUGGGUGCAAAAAUUAAGCAUCAUGAGCAAAAUGUCAAAUUUCUGAAGUUUCAGAUAAGCAAACUGGACGAUGAUAUACUUGAUAAACGAGCUUCUAUUGGGAACUAUUACACAAGUUUUUCUAAAGUGGAAAAUGAAGACUCCUCAUGUUUGCAGAAUGAGGAAGAGACAGCUCAAUCUAUUCUCAAGUAUGAGAAAUCUGUUGCUGCCAUUUUCUAUAGCCUGAAAACUAAGCCUGAAGGUCAGGCUUCUAAUCAUCCAUGGAUGAAAGAUGUGGUUGGUGUUGUUGCCAUGCUUGGAAAGGUUAAUGAUGCUAACCUUAGCAGGCUUCUUUCAGAUUAUCUGGGCCUAGAGACCAUGCUAGCAGUGGUCUGCAAGACUCACAAAGGUGUCAAAGCCCUAGAAGCUUAUGACAAAGAUGGUUCCAUUAACAAAGGUUUAGGAAUUCAUGCUUCUGCAGCAUCUAUGGGCAAGUCUUUGGAUGAACGAUUUCUUCUUAUUUGUCUUGAAAAUUUAAGACCAUAUGCAGGUCAGUUAAUAGAUGGAGAUCCUCAACAACGGCUCGAUCUAUUAAAGCCAAAAACUAUAGAUGGAGAAUCUCCUUUGGGGUUCCUUGGUUUUGCUGUAAAUAUGAUCUCUAUUGAUCCCAGUGACUUGUAUUGCUUGAACAAAACUGGACAGUGUCUACGAGAGACACUAUUCUAUAACCUCUUCUCAAAUUUGCAAGUGUACAAAACAAGGGAAGACAUGCUAAAGGCUCACCCCCUUAUAACACAUGGAGCUAUAUCUUUAGAUGGAGGGGUGAUCAGAAGUCCUGGGGUAUUCUCCUUGGGUCAUCAUCGGGGAGAUGUGAACGUAAAGUUUCCGUUUGACUCCAAAAAGGCUUGCCUUCCUGGGAACUAUUAUGAGGUUGACAAUCAAUGUAAAGAAAUGAAAUGGAAGAAGGACCGAGCAGCGGAAGAUUUACAGAGAGAGCAAGAACUAUUAGAUCAUACAAGGUUCAAGUUUGAGGCAGUAAGGCAAGAAUAUGUCCUGUUUCUUGCCGAAAGCUCAGCACAGUUUGCCAAGCUCCAGAUGCCAGGGCGAGGUUCAACCCCAAGAUGAUCGUGGAAACAAAUCAGUAGAGUUGGAAAUAUAUGCAUCCUUGGCUCGGCGUGUAUAUGGAUGUAUUGUUUUGACAAUCUGUGAAGGUAUUUGUAGAUGUGUUAGCUGAGAAAAAAUUGCCAGCACCGAUUAGCUUUUCGAGGCGGUGUUGUGAUUCAAUGGAUUGCUUGCAAUUGUAUUGCUGGUAAGUAAAACUGUAGCACAGUUAUGACAUUGUAGUUUGGCUGUCUUUGCUGGAUUAUGGGCCCUGCCCUUUCUGCUACCAAAUUAAUAAAAUUCAAUACACAAAUGCAACCGGAUGGAUUAAGGCCUAA